AUGAAACAUAACAAGCACCUCGAAGCCGAAAUCUUAAAAAACGUUCGACUCCGGACGGCAUGCUCUAUCCUCCUAGCUGGUUCUCAUGAAUCCAUCGACAAGCUAGCCCAAGGAAUCGCGACACAGGCUGAACUAUUCUUUGCCAGCCGACUCGUCACAUUUCCUAUGGAAGUUUUCUGCGCUCCAUCUACGGAUGCUGACUACGAAACCCAGCGAGGUCAGAACCGAUGCAACACCGGAGAAGUCACAGCCACGAGGAAGAUUAACAUUUUCUACUAUGGACCCGCUGACUCUAAUUCCGGAGCCCUACAUGCUGUAGAGCAUAUGAUCUGCCUGGGACUCCAUCUACGAGGCGAUAAGGGGAACUUCGCAACACGCCCCGAAGGCCCUCGUAAUGGCAUUCUGCAACUCAAGCCUGAAAUGGUGAACUGCUCGGAAAGCGGCAACCUGCUCCGCAAAUUGAUGAAAUGGUCCUUCGCGCAUCCGGGCAACAUCCACGAAAAAGGAAGGACGAGCCCACAAAAGGAAUGCCUAGUCGCGGAUUUCGCAUCGGAGGUCUGGAGCGCCCGACCCACCAUUUCGGGAGUCGUCACACAAAGAGGGUCGCUAUUCCACGAAAUUUUGCGCGAUCCACCGGAUAUCUUUGCCAAACUAUUCGGAUCACUGGCCAAGGUCAUCUACCCAAAGCCCCCCCCACAUCCAAUACGACGCGGGAGGAAAACCGGAUAUGGACCCGGAGCUGACCAUCGAAGGGGUGCUCGGGACCAUAUGCCGGCCGCACAAUGCCUGGUCAUUGGUCGAAGGAAGCCUUUCCGACGACAUCAUCGCGGAAAUCAACAAAACGGCCCGCCCAAAGGUUCCCCGCCAACGAGGGCUACAGAAAUCGCGGGGAUGUGCCAGCCAUUCGUCGGAAUCAUUGCCUGGCUAUUGCCCUCCGUCCAGAAUCCGAAAGAGCGCCUGGCGAUCGAGCUUCUAAGCAAGGAAUUUGAAGAAUGGGUCAAUCGAGACAACGCCAACAAUGACAUCAAGGUCGAAAUCAGCGACUACGGCUUCCCCGGCUGCGCAACGGCAAAAUUAGAAUGUGUCGACCAGGACGAAUUCGAAGAAACGAAGAAAAGGCGAAAUUAUUCAUACCGUUGCGCGGAAGGGAGGCGACCAGAAACGAACAGCAAAGUUAUCAGAGCCCUGAUCACCGCGCCACUCGCCGCUACCAUUUGUGGCGACGUGCACGUGCCCAUGGUAAUGCAAAAGUCCAAAUCGUGGGAUCUAUACUCGAUGAGGAGAAGUGGCCGCCGAGCUGGUAGAGCUUCCCGACGCCACAUGGAAGGAAGCUACAAGGAAGAACCCCUAUUCGCACAUACACUCGCAUAUGCUGAAACAAGGCUAACGGAGGUGAUUAUCGCAAUUGGCCUGGAAAGCAAAGAGGAACACGAAGAAGGGCCAUUAUUCGCCCAAAUAAUCCAAGAUCGCCUUCCCGAGGGCGCAACAGUGGACUACAACCCGGGCGAUGGCCAACAAAACGGAUUACUAAUGAUCAAAGCGCAGCUACCCGAACCGGAACAAGCAGCCGCAAGAAUACUCCAGAUAAUCGAAAGAUUGAAAUUGGCCGAGUACGCAGGAAAACCGGAAAUCCAAGGCUGCAUCGAAGCACUGAAGGAAAGUCCGUCUGCCACAAGCGUUCUUGAGGAGUUGGCAGCGAAAACACGGCCAGGCUUAUCCGAGACACUCCCGAAAAUGAAACAGAACAAGAACCUACCCCAUCUCAUCAAACAAAUGUUCAAAUCGGCGCUCCGGACGGCAGUCUCCAUCCACCUGGCUGGUUCUCGUGAAUCGAUCGAAAAGCCAGUCCAGGAAAUAGCGAAACAGGCCGAACCCUUCUUUACCGAACGACCCGCCACAUUUCCUAUGAAAGCGGCAAAGGAAUGGCUUCCCCUGAAGAAAUCCUUGAAGAAAGUGCCUCGAAAUGCACUGACCUUCAAUAUCUUUAAGGAAGUUUUUUGCGCUCCAACUACGGAUGGUGUAUAUGAAACCGCUGUCUUCGCAAUUUCACAAGAACAAGGACCGCUACAGCGAGCGGAGAAGUGGCGCGCCGAGCUGGUAGACCUUCCCGACGCCACCUGGCUCGAAUAUUCACAAAAAGUAUUCGAAGGACCUUGUUGGGCCGCCUGCGCCACGCCCAUGGACGCCAAAGACAAGCCAAAGGCCGAGCUCAACUACAGCAAAAGCGGAGCCGAGGAACGAAUCAAGGGAGCUGCUCGCGUCAAUGUGACCAAGACCCAGCAC